GAACAAGUCUCACUGGCCCAAGUCACAGAAUAUUGUAAAAAUACCAUGUUGAUCGCCACUAACAUGACAUUAUGCCAUGUCCCUGACAAAGUCAAAAGAUAAGAACAACGGAAAACUCCUAUGUCCUGUCGCAGAAAACCUUAAAUCUCCAUGGAGUUUCUUUGGAAGAAGGCCAGUGUCCAUCUAAGAUCGCCGCAUAUUCUGGGACCUGUUGUUGCUUUUCAGCUUUUGGAGAAGUUUGCUGUUAUUGAUUUAUGGGCCGUAGUCUUAUUCAUCACAGAUUCAGUUCCGGUGCUGUUGCAAGAUCUGAGCUUUUUUAUCACACAGCUCUCGAAACUAUGAAAACAAGAAAGGUUUUGGGGGUUUCUCUCUCUCUCAUUCUUAUCAACCUUGCUGCUAUAAUGGAACGUGCUGAUGAAAAUCUCCUCCCUUCUGUUUAUAAAGAAGUUAGUGAAGUGUUUGAUGCUGGGCCAUCUGACCUGGGGUAUCUCACAUUUAUAAGGAACUUUGUGCAGGGACUAGCAUCACCCUUGGCUGGUGUACUUGUUAUUAACUAUGACCGGCCUUUGGUGCUAACUAUUGGCAUUUUCUGCUGGGCCAUAUCAACUGCUGCAGUGGGAGCAAGCCAGCAUUUCUUCCAUGUUGCAAUCUGGAGAGCAGUUAAUGGCUUUGGAUUGGCAAUUGUGAUACCAGCACUCCAGUCCUUCAUUGCUGAUAGUUACAACGAUGGUGUGAGGGGUGCAGGAUUUGGCUUACUAAGCCUUGUUGGUACUUUUGGUGGCAUAGGAGGUGGCGUUUUAGCAACCAUUAUGGCUGGUCAGCAGUUCUGGGGCAUGCCUGGAUGGCGCUGUGCCUUCAUUUUGAUGGCCACAUUGAGUGUGCUGAUUGGUUGCCUUGUUUUCUUGUUUGUUGUCGAUCCAAGAAAACAAACUAGAGUCACUCAUGUUUCUGGUGAAAAUUUUGAUAGGGAUGAGUUGGUAGAAAAGGGUAAUACUAGUGUAUCAUCUGUUUGGCAGGAGUCUUGGACAGCUACAAAAGCUGUUAUCAGAGUGCCUACAUUUCAAAUUAUUGUCUUGCAAGGCAUUGUUGGUUCAUUACCAUGGACAGCCAUGGUGUUCUUUACCAUGUGGUUUGAAUUAAUUGGUUUUGAUCAUAGUAGUACUGCAGCCCUCUUAAGUGUAUUUGCUGUUGGAUGUGCAAUGGGGUCCUUCCUUGGCGGAAUAGUAGCAGAUCAAAUAUCACGGAUCUACCCGCACUCUGGUCGUAUUAUGUGUGCGCAAUUCAGUGCUUUCAUGGGUAUUCCAUUCUCAUUGUUCCUUCUUAAAGGGAUCCCACAAUCAGUAACCAGCUAUUACACCUUUGCUAUUACCCUUCUUCUAAUGGGCUUAAUCAUAAGCUGGAAUGCCACUGCUGCAAAUGGCCCUAUGUUUGCUGAAGUGGUCCCUGCCAAACACCGAACCAUGAUUUAUGCAUUUGAUCGUGCUUUCGAAGGAUCAUUCUCUUCAUUCGCUGCUCCCUUGGUUGGAAUUCUUUCAGAGAACAUGUUUGGUUAUGAUUCAAAGUCUAUUGAUCCAGUUAAAGGGUCAGCGCGGGAGGCUUUUGCUUUGUCGAAGGGGCUUUUGUCAAUGAUGGCAGUUCCAUUUGGUUUGUGUUGCCUGUUUUACACACCCUUGUAUAAGCUCUUCAGGCGAGACCGCGAGAAUGCUAGAUUGGCCAGUUUAAAAGAUGAAGAGAUGUCUGAAAGGCUCACUUUCAGUUGACAGCAGUGUCAAUCACAAUUUUCAACUCUAGGACAUUUUUCUGAGAAUUCUGUUCAAAUUUUCUUCUCAAACUUAAUACGACCUGAGCUAACAUGUAUGCUUAUUGGUGUUAAGUCCAACAUUAUCUGCACUAAAAUUUCCCGGGACAUUUUGCAUGAUGUAGAUAACUGAAUGGGCUGGGGAUGCAGCUGCAUACAGAAUAAUAUCCUUACAAUACAACUUAAUGAGACACAUCCAAAGGUUUCCUGUACCAUUUUGGAAAUUGUUUGUUCUUAUUCUUGUCUCAUGUGUAAAGACGUUCAGUUGAAGCCUUGCAAUUUGCUGGAAGCAGGUGAAAGAUAUCAAACUAGAGCAAAAAACCAUAGCAUUGUGUUUUCA